GGCCGCAGGCGAUGCGGGCGGCGGGCGGGCUGAGGGACGGGCGGGCGGCCUGACCCCCCCCACGCCAUGCGGCUCUCCUGCAAAGUGGCGGCGGCUCUGCUGUGCCUCGGCAGCCUGCUGCUGCUCUAUCUUCUGGCGGGCAGUGCCGCCGCGCCCCCGCGCCCGCCGCCCGCACUCUCCGCGCCCGCCCGCCCCGUCGCGCCGCUAGCCCGCCGGCAGCCGCGCCUCAGCCGGAGCCCGCCGAGGAGCGGCAGCAAGCUCGCCAGCGCCAGGAAGCUUGGAGAACAGAAGCAUGCAAGAGAGCCCUCAUCAUUGCAACAAUGCAUGCAUCUGGCAGUGGUGGCAUGUGGGGACCGGCUGGAGGAGACACUGAUCAUGCUGAAAUCAGCAAUUCUCUUCAGCAACAGAAGGCUCUGUUUUCACAUCUUUGCUGAGGAUUCCCUCAGGCCUGAAUUUGAGAAGAAGUUAAAGGAAUGGCCUUCCUCGUACACCAAGAAGUUUGAACACCACAUUUACCCAAUAACCUUCUCAGUAGGAAAUGCUCAGGAGUGGAAGAAGUUAUUCAAACCAUGUGCUGCCCAGCGCCUUUUUCUUCCGGUCAUUUUAAAGGACGUGGACUCUCUCCUUUACGUGGACACCGACGUUCUCUUCCUGAGGCCCAUCGAGGACAUCUGGCACAUGCUGAAAGAGUUCAACUCAACACAGCUUGCUGCCAUGGCCCCAGAACACGAGAUACCAAAGAUUGGCUGGUACAGUCGCUUUGCACGUCACCCUUAUUAUGGCACAACUGGAGUCAAUUCCGGAGUGAUGCUAAUGAAUUUAACACGGAUACGCAGCACUCAGUUCAAGAACAGCAUAACACCGAGCGGUUUGAGCUGGGAGGAGAUGUUGUAUCCCUUAUACCAAAAGUACAAAAACCACAUUACAUGGGGAGACCAGGAUCUGCUAAAUAUAAUUUUUUACUUCAACCCAGAGUGUCUCUAUGUGUUUCCAUGCCAGUGGAACUACCGUCCUGACCACUGUAUGUAUGGAAGCAACUGUAAAGGUGCAGAAGAAGAAGGUGUCUCUAUUCUGCAUGGCAAUAGAGGUGUCUACCAUGAUGACAAGCAGCCUACCUUCAAGGCACUCUACGAAGUGAUACGUGAUUUUCCAUUUGAAGAUAAUCUCUUCCAGUCAUUGUACUACCCUCUGCAGUCUAAGUUUCUGGAUACAGUGCACACUUUAUGUGGGAGAAUUCCACAAGUAUUUUUGAAGCAAAUUGAGAAGACUAUGAAGAAGGUGUAUGAAAAUCGUGUCAUUGUCUACCUGGGGGCCAACCACAGAUACUAAAUGUAGCUGUGCUUUGACAAAGAGAUUUUUAGCUCUUGCAUCUCAUCUCACGAGGCAUAGAAUCGUAGAAUCACCUCGGUUGGAAGGGAUCUCUGAAGGUCAUUCUAGUCCAACCUCCCUGCAGUGAGCAGGAGCAUCCUCAACUAGAUCAGGUCUCCCAGAGCCUCAUCGCGCCUCACCUUUAACAUCUCCAGGCAUGGGGUCUUGAGCACCUCUCUGAGCAACCUGUUCCAGUGCUCAACCACCCUCACUGUAAAGAACUUUUUCUUAACACCAUAUGCUAACAGCAUAUGAGCUCCUGUACUGAAACUCAGAAUUCAAAUGCUGUCCUUAUUCAGUUUCCUAGUAAUCCCUCAAAUGACAAACUGGGGAAAUCCUAGAAGUCUACCUAAACUCUUCUUUCUUAGGCCUUUGGUUCUCUUCCUACAAGAGAGGUGAUGACUGUCACUUCAUUUGACAAGCUCAGUUUGGUUGGUUAAUGUCCUACACCCAUGUCCACUGUAACUUCUUUUGAAGUUGUGCAAAGUCUUGUGCUUGGGUUUGACAAAGAAGUUAGGUAAUACAGGGACUUGAAAUGCUAGGGCAGGUAUUCUUGGCUGCCUUGAGACUGUUGGAUUACAGAAAAGAUCACUCUUGCAGUAGGAUGAGUUAAAAUUUACUAUAGUAAAGGGAAAUCAUUUGCUUGAAAUUGCACUUCUGUCUGAAGGCUUAUUACCUGCUGUUCUUCACAUGUAGGACCUGUAGUUUCUCUUACUGAAGAAGAUGAGGGGAACAGAAGUGCCUCUUGACUGUGGUUUACAGCACUUUUUCUCUAGUGAUUGUCCUUUCUCCCUUCUGCUCUUCAGCAGAGGAGGAAUAAGAAGGAGCAUUUAUAUGAAAACUGUGUCCAAGAAGUGGGAGUAGGAUGCAGUGGAAUCUGUGGCACCUGCCCAGCUCAGAGAGAGCAGCAAGACAAUCCCUUCCUGCAUGGGGUAUGGUCAGGAUCUUCCCUCCAAUCUCUGUAACAGUUUCAGGAAUGCGUUCCCUACCUUGUCAGCACAAAAUACAUUAGACACAGUCCAAGAAUACUGUGAAUGAAGAGUGCAAAGCCAGGUACUAUUAAUCUGAUGCCACCAGCAGCUGUUCUUCCACCCCCGUGUUGGAAGGCUGUAGAUGCUGCCCUGACUCCUCUCUUAGCUUCACCAGAAACCUGGGGCACAAAAUUUUCUUUCUGCCUGGCAUUUUUGCUUCUGGAAGCGAAAAGUUUUGUGCUAGGGUCAUAAUGAAUAACCUCAGAGUGAAAGAGGAUGCAAGCUGGCUUCAGUGUUUAUUUACAGUUCUUUAUUUAGUCUAGAUUUCCAAAGUAUGGUCAUCUGAUGAUGUGCAGGGACACAAACUUACUAAAACUUCCUGAAGCUGAGAGGCGCUUGGGACAAGUCACUGGGAAACUAAAAGUGAGGAAGGACACUCGUAAAGAGCUAUGAGACAGGAGCAUGCUCCCAGAGGGCAUUUUCUAAGAGCAAGCUUUGAGGGGAGCAUGUAGGAGAGUGCUUGAAGGAAACUGCAGAGAAAAUGAUCUUUGCAGGUCUGUUCAGCAAAAAAAGCCAUUCUGUGGAGCUGCUCACCUUUAUAUUUAAUAGGCAAAGCAGGAGAGGGGUGAGGAGAGUGAGCAGUGUGAAGUUUUCCUGUAAUGAUAAGAAAACUGGCACAGAUUGUACAUCCUGUACACAUGUUUAUUAGAGGUAAAUGUUUGGGGUGUGUGGAUGAGGUGAAGGGUCUGUUCCUUAAGCUCAGAUAGAGGAUUUCUGAAGAAUUGCAGUCUGGGGAGGGGGGGGGUUCUGCCCUCUCCAGUCAGGUCUGAUGCAGAGUUUCAUAAUUAAUGGCUCCAAGAAAAGUCCUUUUAGCUUGCACAUUCCUCUCUCCUUGUGUGGCAGCCCAUGAGGAGGGGGGUGGGGAAGAAUGCAGUCCUGGCUGGUAUCUCCAGCUGCCAGAUAAGCAGCCUAUGCAGAGGACAAAGUGCCAGCAAACUUAUACCAAACACUCGAGUGUGAAAGUGUCUGUGACAUGUCCGUGAGCAUGCUGGGUGAAUGGCAUAGCACAGCAAACAGCACCACUACAGAGUCAUCUUGAGCAGAGGAGGUGUUGAGGAUGAAGCUUGCAAUAACGGGCAUGCAGGCUUGGUCCUAGCAGCUUUGCUGCUGCUCUGUGCUCUCAGGCAUGACAAACAGAAGCGUCUGUUGUUCGCGCCUCUCUGUGCCACAAAUUCUAAUCAACAGCUCCUGUGUGCUCCUGACUCGGAUCUGUUAUCUUGCAGUCUCUGCCACAUGAGUGUAAAUCGACAUGCAAAGGACAGAGGCAGCUCUGCAUCUUUGGGUUGAAAUGCCCAGGAAGGCAUUUAAGCUGUAGGUGUUACAGUCUCUACCAGCUUAACAUUUUCUGUUUGUCCCUGAAGUUUUAGUUGACACUUCUAGCUGCAGAGAGUUUGAAAGCAACCCAAAUGGACCUUGAAGACUUCAGAGCCAGAAGACAAUGAAAUGAAAACUCACCAAUGCUGUUUUAAGAAGUUUAAGGUCCUGUAAGCCAAAUGUACAACAGCUUUUAGGCUGGCAAUACUGAGAGCUUGUACAAAAUAUUGUCUUGCUUUUUGAUUGUUUAUUUCAACUGUCAGUGUAAAGAUGACUGUAGGACAAACAAAACUGGAUGAGGUGCAUGCUGGACACUCCAAACUCUUAAUUUCUGCAAACCACAGUAAGCUGCAGAGUAAAAGUCUUGUUUCCCAGACAGUUGAAACUCUGAUGCUAAGCCUCUGGGGUUCAGGAGUCUGGGAUUGUGUAAGCUAUGAUUCAGCAGAACCCUGCAACUGUGGGCACAUUAAAAUGAAGGAAUGGAAUUCAUUACAAAACAAAGGCAUUAUUGCAUAUAAAGCCAUCAGAGAUGAGAACUGUGGGUUUUUUAUGUUUACAGGAGGUGCUACAUUCUGCUUAGAAAGAACUGAGUUAUGUUCUCAACAGCUAUUAAAAUAUAUGAAGUAUAUGCUUUAACAUGAAGAAUUUUGUUAAUGCAAUAUCAGCUGGCAGGAAGAAUGGGGGAGUUUCCCCCCUGCUGUGCUUUCUCUGAGAAGAAAAGCUGUAAUUUGAGCUCUCCAAAGUGUUUUACAACAAUUAUGGAACUUUGAUUUCUUCUGUUGCUAGAAUUAUUAAUUUAUAUUGUUAUUACAGCUUCCACAACCAUGUUGUGUUUUGCUUUUUACCAGUAGUGGCUUCUAAUAUUAAUCUUACUUAGAAAGCAGUUUUCAUUCAUUUUGUAUUUCCUACUCGUGGCUAAUUCCUUGUUAAUUAGCCUUCAUUUACUUUCAUAAUGGGAUGUGUAAAUACUUAUAUAGAAUUUAUAUCCUCAUUUCCCCCUUUCCCUUCAUGUAUUUUAGCUAUUUCUAAUGGUAUCAUGUAACCAAAACACCUUUACUGGUGCAACACCUUGAGCAGGGCCAUCAUAGCAGAGAGGAAGGCAAAAAUACUUUUAUCUGAGUGAACAGAAACUCCAGCACAUGGAAUGCAUGAGGGAAAAAGGGAGAAGAAUCACCUCUCACUCUGAGAAAGGUCAGGCUGCAGCCCAGAGACCUGUGCCCAGCUUCUCUGAGCACAAACCCUAAGCCAGCCAGUGCUUGAUGCUCUCCGUAGUCAGGCUUAGACACAGUGAAUGAAGUGAAGCACCUAACCAUGUCCUUGUUGUACCAGCCUCGAAGAUUCAGGUUUUAAGUUUGCUGUGUUCUACUUGAAUUUGCAGAAGAUAGAUAAAGAGGGACUUUGUGUUUAGAGCCGCUGAGCACCUCCUUUUAGCCCAAAGCCAUUUAAGGCAGCGUCAGGCAUUGGACAGCAAAAAACCAGCAGGAGUGAGAAGCAUUUGGUUGCAUCGUUUCUGUCAUGUGAGGGGUUUUCCAGGCUGCUUGACCUGCACAGCACAAGCAGCUUUAGGGAUUUCAAGUACAGGUGGGAACUGUAAGCUGUUCCUUGUGUUUUCGUGUGUGUGUAUACAAGGAGAGUGUACCUGUAAAGAAUUCUCUGCCCUUUCAUUGCUCCUGUGUUUUCAUUUGACAAGUGCACCAGUUGUUUAUAGCUCCCAAGGAGGCCUAGCAGUGCAUUUCUCUGUGGAUUAAGAUCCUUUUGCUUACAGUACAAAUAAACAAAGUUUUAUUCAGGC